AUGGGCCUCAUUACCAAGGCCAAAGGCGCACCCCGGUCCAGCGAAUCAGGGUCGUCCGGCGGCGGCGUGAAGUACAUCUGCAACGUCUGCAGUAACGACAUUACUUCGACUGUGCGCAUUCGCUGCGCGAGUAAGAACUGCUCCGACUAUGAUCUAUGUGUCACGUGCUUCUCCCAGGGUAAACACAAUAUUCACCAUGACCCGCGCACGCACCCUUACCAGGUGAUCGAGCCGCAUAGUAUACCGAUCUUUGACCAGGGGUGGGGCGCGGAUGAGGAGCUUCUGUUGCUGGAGGGUGCGGAGCAGUAUGGACUGGGUAGCUGGGCGGAUAUUGCUGAUCAUAUCGGAGGGUACCGAGAGAGAGAUGAGGUGCGAGAUCACUAUAUCGAGACAUAUGUUGAUGCGCCCACCUUCCCUCUACCGAAACGUGCGAGCCCAUCAGAUACCAGCUUGAUUGAUGGCAUGCCGAGGGAGGAAUUUCAGUCAAGGAAGAAGCGGCGGAUAGAAGAGCGCAAGGAGGCUAUUGCCGAGACGGCGCAGACUGCCCCUACGCCUGCCAAGCCUACAUCUUCUGUACCGAGCUGUCAUGAGGUCGCCGGUUUCAUGCCUGGACGUCUGGAGUUCGAAAGCGAAUACUUCAACGAGGCCGAAGAAGCAGUACAGCACAUGCAGUUCUCGCCCGACGAAGGCAUAAAUCCGCAGAGCUGCGAGUUUGAUCCCGAAACACAACUGAAAAUGGUAGUUAUGAACAUCUACAACGAUCGCCUCACUGCUCGGACGGAUCGAAAGCGAGUCAUAUUUAACCACCAGCUACUGGACUACCGGAAGAACAUUGCGAUAGACAAGAAGCGGACCAAAGAGCAGCGUGAUUUGCACCAUAAGCUCAAGCCAUUCGCACGGAUCAUGUCGCAUCCGGACUUUGAGAGUCUGGCCUCGGAUCUGGAGAAGGAGCAAAACUUACGACAGGCCAUCACACAACUUCAAGAGUGGCGACGAAUGCGCAUCUCCACUUUACCUACCGGCGAAAAGUAUGAAGCUGAGAAAGCUUCACGACUAGCCAAGCAUACACAACAAGCAGCACAAUACGAGCGCCUGUCUAAUAGCCUGAGCGGAAGUGGUGGUGGAAGGCAGCGACCUGCGCCACCGCCAGAGACUGCUGCGGCAGUGACAGAAUAUACCACCAAGGAUCUCCCUGUGCGCCUUAGUCCGACUUCAGGUCCGACCUCCGUAGGCGCAGAAGAAACCACAACCUCAGCAUCGAAGAAACACCUCCCCACUCCACCCUCUUCAGAUAUCUCGCCAAGCAAACAACAACCCAUCCAGCGCACUCCGCUUGCACCAAUCCCUAAUCUUACCCCGGCCAAGUACGACGCUGAGAACGCUCCUUCGUGGCAACUGCUUGAUCAUGGCGAGCGGGAUCUGUGUGCGAAGUUGAGGCUGCAACCCAAGGCUUACCUAGCUAUCAAGGAGAGGGUGUUGCAGGAGGCGGGGAGACAGGAGGGUAAGCUUAAGAAGAAGGUGGUUAGGGAGAUAGCGAGGAUUGAUACCACCAAAGGUGGACGGGUUUUUGAGUUUCUGGUCGAGAGUGGGUGGUUGGGAAAUGGAGCGAAGACCUAG